CCACACGCCCAGUUGGUGCUCAUGAGUUCCUGCAGGCUACCUGGCUGCGGUUACAGCAAACUAAUAUCAGUCAUCAUCAUGCUGACGGGACCUGCGAGGUUUGACUUUCAGGAACGCGCUUUCCCCGCUUACUUCUGGCCUUUACGCAUACGAGGAUAACGCGCUCUAUCGUCAUGGAAGUUAAACGCAGAGGCACACCUGUAUCCAGCGAGGCUUUCACAUAUGUUAGUCCAGUUGUGAAGUACCUGCUGUUUAUUUUUAAUUUUAUUUUCUGGAUAAUCUCUCUGGUGAUGGUUUCGAUCGGCGUGUUCGCCCGCCUGACAAAGCAUGCUGAAACCGCUCUGGCUUGUUUGUCAGUGGAUCCUGCCAUGAUGCUGAUGGUUGUGGGAGUCUUGAUGUUCAUUAUCACCUUCUGCGGCUGCGUGGGCUCCUUACGAGAAAACAUCUGCCUCCUGCAAACAUUCUGCAUUUCUCUGAUAGCUAUCUUCAUGCUGCAGCUUGCUGCUGGAAUUAUGGGCUUCAUAUUCUCAGAUAAGGCAAGAUAUAAAGUAACUGAAAUGGUCAACAAUGCCAUCGUCCACUACAGAGAUGACAUUGAUCUACAGAACCUCAUUGACUUUGGCCAGAAAGAGUUUGGGUGCUGUGGGGGUGUGACGUACACCGACUGGUCUCGGAACCUGUACUUCAACUGCAGCAAGGACAACCCGAGCCGAGAGCGCUGCUCUGUCCCUUUCUCCUGCUGCAUCAUGUCCAAAGAUCAGGAGGUAAUAAACACCAUGUGUGGCCAGGGCAUGCAAGAGCAUGAGUACCUGGAAGCUGGAAACCACAUCCACACUAACGGCUGCAUUGAUAAACUGGUAGACUGGAUCCACAGCAACAUGUUCAUACUGGGAGGCGUGGCUUUGGGACUAGCUACACCACAGCUGGUCGGCAUCCUUUUGUCUCAGAUCCUGAUAAAUCAGAUCAAAGACCAAAUCGAGCUGCAAAACUACAACCAGAAGCAUCGGUCUGACCCAUGGAGCUGAUCCAGGACCAGAUUCUCACUUCUCUUGGUCCUACAGGAUUCUAGAAGAAAACACACUGCCUGCCCAGAGACAAGUUUUAAGACUCGAAGCAUAACUGCCACCUGCUGGAAAGGGACCAGACUUGCAUUUCCCAAACAUCAGUUAUGCAACUCGGGGUUGUUGUUUUUUUGUACUCAUAAAUGCCAAGAGUAUAAAAAGAUGUACAGUAUUCCUUCAGUUAUUGUAAUCAAAUGAAACGGGAUUUUAUCCUUAAUAUAUUUUGUAGAACUCUUUUUUUUUAAUUAAACAACUAAAAGUACUCAGUCACCACAUAGAUGCUGCCACCAUUCUUUGGGGAAUUUAUCCAAUAAUGUGUUUGUUUAUCUUUGUAUCAAAGUUUCUAACCACUUCGCUUUUAUUUUCCCUCUGUUAAGAAGUCUGCUUUUCACACUAAACCUGCAGACCUGAUGCAUGAGAAUUGUAGUAGAGCUGCUGAUCAGCCUCUGAGCUGGAAAUGGAGACUAAAGAGACCUCGUGAGGGAUGGGGACGACUAGUUACAUAGUAUUGAUGCAGCAUUUAACUGCUUCUGUUUGGCUUGUUUGAAAUAAAAAUAAUAAAGCUGUAAAUGACA